AUGGGGGCCUCGACAGCUUUACUCUGCGUGGGCUCGAGUCUCGCCCUCUGGAUCACCGGUCGCCUGUUCCAGGGCGCCUCUGCUGCUGUUGUCUGGACCGUGGGCAUGGCAUUGCUCACAGACAAUGUAGAUUCGGAUGAACUAGGGGGCGCCAUGGGACUUGCAAGCAUGGGGAUGACUCUAGGAGUGAUGAUUGGACCUCUACUCGGGGGGAUUCUGUACCAGCAUGCCGGUUACUAUGCUGUCUUUGGACUGGCCUUUAGCUUUAUCGGAUUUGAUAUCUUCUUCCGACUGGUCAUGAUCGAGAAGAAAGACGCCGCGAAAUGGCUUCCGAACGUGUCCCUUCGGAUUCCUCCCAACCAGACCGAUAGAGAGCAUGGCAUACUAGAGAGCCACAUCUACGACAGCGACAGACAGGAAGACCUCCCCACGGACAGCUUCUCCGUAUACAUUGCUAGCACCCCUGAAAAGCUCCCUGUGAGUAGCCAUAGCAAAGCCGAGAACGGCUCCAGCUCCGCGCAGCCGGGUCGCCGCUCUACCCGCCUUCUCACUCUGCUCCGAUCCCGACGUCUGGCCAUUGCCCUGUAUGCAUAUUUCACCCAGGCCACAUGCAUCAUGUGCUUCGAUAGUAUUCUCCCACUCUUCGUCCGAGACACCUUUGGCUGGGGCCAAGCAGGCCAGGGGCUCAUAUUCAUCCCGCUCUCCCUCCCUCACAUCGGAGACCCCUUCACCGGAUUCAUUAUCGAUCGGUGGCCCCAAUCCCGUGUGUACCUCGCAGCCGGGGGGUUUCUCGUCACUGUUCCGCUACUCACUUGUCUCCGGUUCGUUAGCGAGAAUUCCCUAGGCGACAAAGCUCUCCUCUGUGUCUUGUUGGCGCUCAUCGGCGUCAUGGGUGGGGUUCUCGAGCCGCCGAUCAUGGUAGAAAUUACCCACGUCAUUGAGCAGAAGGAGGCCAAAUUCCCCGAGGUGUUUGGCAAAGGAGGGGGUUUGGCCCUUGGAUAUGGAGUCAUGAAUGCUGCGUGGGCUGCAGGAGGUCUCAUCGGCCCUAUCUAUGGAGGGUUUAUUCGAGACUCGGCCGGAUGGAAUACCACGACUUGGGCUUUGGGGGCGUUGAUGGCUGUACCUGGGGUAUUGCUAUUAUUCCUUCUGCGUAUUGAUUAG